UGGGAAAAGGCAGACAAGGUACAAGCAGAUACAUUUUUUUUGGGAAGCGAGGGAUUUGGAUUUGUAUUUGUUUCUCUUCUUCAGUGUUGUAUUGUUUUCGUGAGAGAGCAAUACAACACCUCAGCCAAAUCCUCCUAACGAUUUUUCGAUCACAAAAAUGGCCGCGGUAAAUGGUGAAGUUAAAGCAGAGGCAGUAGUGCGCGAAGUGCUGGGACGCAGAGCUGAGGAAGUGGAUACCACCAUCAUUGAAUACAUCAUAAAUGUUCUCCAAGAUGAAACCUUCGACUUCGGUCUCAAAGGAGAGGGCGCCUUCGAUGCGGUGGGCGAUCUCCUUGUGGAUUCAGGAUGUGUCGAAGAUGAGCCAGAGGCUCGCUUGGUUUGUGGAAUACUCUCAGAAAGAAUUGGAACCCAUGAACAAAAAGGAACUAAGGAAGUGGUUCGAAGUCUUAGAACUCCAGUUCGCAUGUACGAUGGAUUGCGCCAAGAUGAAAGUCCCCCCAAGGUAGUUGAUACACAAGAUGGUCCUCCCAUGUCUGAGCAUGAUCGUGCUAAAAUUGAAAGAAGGAAGAGGAAGGAAGAUCGUCAAAGAGAGGCUGCAUACCAGUCACAUUUAGAAGAAAUGAAAGCCACAAUGGAAGGAAUGCCAGUUGCUUGUGUUCAUCAUGGCACUGGGGAUGAGGGAUCAGCUGCUAGGGACAUUCACAUGGAGAACUUUAAUAUAUCUGUUGGGGGUCGAGAUCUUAUCAAGGAUGGUUCAGUUACUCUGUCAUAUGGCAGGCACUAUGGUCUAAUUGGAAGAAAUGGUACUGGGAAAACAACCUUGCUUAGGCACAUGGCUAUGCAUGCGAUUGAUGGUAUCCCCAAGUACUGCCAGAUUUUACAUGUAGAGCAAGAAGUUGUUGGUGAUAACAUUACGGCACUUAAUUGUGUUCUAAAUUCUGAUAUAGAGAGAACACAACUCUUGGAGGAAGAAUCUAGAUUAGUUGCACUGCAGAGAGAAGCUGAGAAGGAUGGCGCAGCUGUACAGAAUGAUAUGAAACCCAAGGGAGCUAAUGAGGAGAAGGAUAAUGUGUCAGAGAGGCUAACACAGAUUUAUAAAAGACUUGAAUACAUUGAUGCCUACUCUGCAGAGGCUCGUGCAGCAUCUAUACUUGCAGGACUCAGUUUCACCCCAGAGAUGCAACACAUGCCAACAAAAUCAUUUUCUGGAGGGUGGCGUAUGAGGAUAGCACUUGCACGAGCCCUUUUCAUAGAACCUGAUCUGCUUUUACUUGAUGAACCCACUAAUCACCUUGAUCUACAUGCAGUAUUAUGGCUGGAAACAUACCUUUUAAAAUGGCCAAAAACUUUAAUUGUUGUCUCACAUGCAAGAGAAUUCCUGAACACGGUGGUUACAGAUAUUUUGCAUUUACAUGGACAAAAGCUGACAGCUUACAAGGGUGACUACGAUACAUUUGAGAGAACUCGAGAUGAGCGUCUCCGUAAUCAACAGAAAGCUUUUGAAUCAAAUGAGCGUACAAGGGCUCACAUGCAGGCUUUCAUUGAUAAGUUCCGUUACAAUGCUAAAAGAGCAUCGCUUGUUCAAUCAAGAAUUAAGGCAUUGGAUCGUGUUGGUCAUGUAGAUGCUGUUGUCAAUGAUCCCGACUACAAGUUUGAAUUUCCAACUCCUGAAGAUAGACCAAGUGCUCCUAUCAUCAGUUUCAGUGAUGCAUCAUUUGGCUACGCCGGGGGUCCGCUUUUGUUUAAGAACCUAAAUUUUGGUAUUGAUCUUGACAGCCGACUUUCAAUGGUUGGUCCCAAUGGUAUCGGGAAGUCAACCUUGCUAAAACUAAUUUCAGGGGAUCUGCAGCCAAGCUCGGGUACAGUAUUCCGUUCAGCCAAGGUUCGCAUGGCUGUUUUCAGUCAGCACCAUGUUGAUGGGCUAGAUUUGUCUAAUACUCCUCUCCUAUACAUGAUGCGAUGCUUCCCUGGAGUUGUGGAACAAAAGCUACGGGCACAUCUGGGGUCUUUUGGCAUCACAGGGAACCUUGCACUUCAACCAAUGUAUACAUUAUCAGGUGGUCAGAAAAGUCGGGUUGCAUUUGCAAAAAUUACCUUCAAUAAACCUCAUAUUCUUUUGCUUGAUGAGCCUUCAAAUCAUCUUGAUCUUGAUGCUGUUGAGGCACUUAUUCAAGGGCUUGUUCUCUUCCAGGGAGGGGUUUUAAUGGUCAGUCACGAUGAACAUCUUAUAUCAGGAAGUGUUGAUGAGUUGUGGGCGGUAUCUCAAGGCAGAGUAACACCCUUCCAUGGAACAUUUCAGGACUAUAAAAAGUCCCUUAAGGCAGCAUAGUGAGAUGAUUCCUAUGUGUGUACAUGUGAAGUCACGAUAUCCCUACCCUUAAAAGGAAAGUCCAGUACUUUUAUACAGGAGCAUUUAAUUCUAAUUGAAUGCUAUGGUUUUCUAUUUCUCUUUAAUUUCAGCUAUUAUUUUCAUCAUAUAUUUUUGACAUAGACAAUGCAAAUGCUCUGGGAAAUUAUUGUUUGCAUUGAAUUCUUCCUCCAUUUUGGGUUUACGUGAAGAAGAAACUACACUGUUCAAAUGAACCUGGGUACAGAGAAACAGUUUAUCAAGAUUUUCAUCAACAGCUUUAAUGUUUAGAUACCAUUGUUGAGAUUGAAUCAAGGUCAGAACUAUGGCAGAAAAGGAGUAUGCAUUCCAGUCUUCAUCUGACCUGUUGAAAAAGUGUUAGGUAUAAUACUAUAGAAGAACUUGUGUAAGUUCAUUCAUGUUGUACAGGUGGAAAAAAGCCCACACGCAUUGUAGCCUUAUGCAUGGCUUGAAAACAUUUCUGUUUAAAUGCAAAGGAAAGCUCCAGCUAAUGCAUGACUGACUUGCAUGAGAGUCCCCAAGAUGAGUGGACUGUAUUAUCAAGCGUUAUCAGGAGGAUUGGUUAGUAAAUGUGCCUAAUUUUGAGUCUUUAAAGAUUUAUUAACAUUUGUGGUUGCCAACAGUGUACUGCAGAAUGAGUUGUAAUAUUAGAAGAAAAUUGAAUUCAAAUAUUUUAUAUAGCUUAAAUAGAACUUUAAAGAUUUAUCA